AUGCCGCCUGCGAGUUGCACCCGGUGCCGGCAACACAAGGAGUAUGGUCAUCGGGACGUCGACAGCCUCUACUGGUACUGUGAGGAUUGUUGGCUCACAUUUUGCGGUCGUAGGCGUCGCUGCGCCCUUUGCCGCGCGUUGAAAGAUGAAGGUCAUGUGGACCAGGUCUUGGACUAUUGGUACUGCCUUCCCUGCUGGGACAGACGAACUGCACCGGCACCGCCUGGCUACAGUCCCUACUGGCCUCCCCCUGGUGGCUAUGCGGCUCCACCUGGCUACCCCCCUCCGGGAGGCUACCCUCCUCCUCUCCACCCUUACCCACCUCCCCUUGGUGGCCCGGGAUAUGGGAGAAGAUCGGCGUCCGGAUCCCGAAGUCGAUCGCGCUCCCGCUCUCGUGGCAAGGGUGCCCGAAAGCGCAAUGCCUCGGCUGCGGGUUUCAAGAAGGAGUUCAAGCCUUACCACGCGACGAGCGUCCCAAAGGACACGGACCUUGCAGCGAACGCCACAGCUGACGAGCCCCCGACGACUGCCAUGCUUCGAAACAUCCCCAGCAAGUUCACGCAGCAGUCUUUGCUGGAGGAGAUCGACGCAGAAGGCUUCAAUGGGCUCUAUGACUUCUUCUACCUUCCGAUGGAUGUGCGCAACAAGACGAACGUCGGCUACGCUUUCGUCAACUUCUUAGAGCCGGAUGACAUGGCGCGGUUUUCCCGACACUUUGAAGGGUAUCGGUUCAAGAACAACAACAGCCAGAAGAUCGCGACCGUCAGCCCUGCACAUGUGCAGGGAUUGAAGCGGAAUAUCCAACAGCUCUCCAAAAAAGCCGUGCUUCACUUCAACAAAGGCCAGUACAAGCCCGUGGUGUUCCGAAACGGUGAGCGUGUGGACUUCGAAGUGAUGGCUAAGGAGUUAGAUUGA